CAGUAGAGGGCGGAGAAAGAGAGCGAGCGCGCAAGGAGGGGUGCGGCUCUGCGCCUGCCCGGGGAUGGUGAGCUGUGCGCCGGGCUGCUAAGACGGAGAGAGAGCCCCGCUCCAGGCCGGGCUCGGGGUGGAUGUGGGCCCGGGGACGGGAAUGGAGUGCGCCCUGGACGCCCAGAGCCUGAUCAGCCUCUCGCUGCGCAAGAUCCACAGCUCGCGGACGCAGCGCGGCGGCAUCAAGCUGCACAAGAACCUCCUGGUCUCUUAUGUGCUCCGCAACGCCCGGCAGCUCUACCUGAGCGAACGCUACGCCGAGCUCUACCGCCGCCAGCAGAGCCACCACUACCACCACCCCCAGGAAGGCGGGCUGCUGGCCAUGUCGCCCGUCGGAGGAGCAGGCACGCCCGCUUCGCUAGGCGAGAUCGCGGCGGAUUUCAGCCCUCUCCACUUGCCCGUCGAGGCAGCCGACGAGGCGGACGACGGUCUCCAGCACGGGCAGCUGCGGGGCUGCGCCUUGGCUAGAGGGGUCGGCGAGUCGGCUCUAGAGAUGUCCGGGUGCGCCCAGGACGAGGAACCUUUGACCGGGCUGCCUUCGCUCAUGCCUCCCGCUCAAACCCCGGCAACCCUCUCGGGGCUCUGCAGGGACUCUCCGCUGGCUUUCUACCACCGCGCCGCCACGCCGCCGGCACCCGGGCUGCUUUACGCAGUGCCGGGGAGCUGCGACUUCUCCAGCGGAAGCAACAGCGCCAACACAGGCUCUGCUGCGCCGUCGGGGCUGGUCCCGGCUCUGUCCCCCUCUCCCUCUCCGCACUGCUCCAGCCGCACCACUGUUUUGGACUUGGACACGCACGUGGUGACCACGGUGGAGAACGGCUACUUGCACCAGGACUGUUGCUCGCCCUGUCCUUGCGGCGGCGGCGGCGGUAGCCCAGGCGCCGCGGUGAUGGGCGUCCCCCCCAGCCCGGGCUAUAAGCGCAAAUACUACCCUGGUCACGAGGCCGUGGAGGAAGGAGAAGAAGCAGGAGGUGGUGGGAGACGAGGAGUAGGGGGGUCCGUCGUGGGGACGGCGACCCCCAUUGGUGGUGUGGGCGGUGGCGGCCCCCCUCCUCCGUCUCACCCCGCCUUCGCUCCCUGCCCCAAGCGCGCCCGCUUCGAGGAUUUCAACGCGGAGCAGCCCCUGACGGCUCCUUCGCCGCCACCACCACCACUUCUGACGGCGCCCCCGACGGCGUCUCCUGCCCAGGACUCGUCCAACAUCUCCAACUUGAUUUCCAUCUUCGGCUCCGGUUUUACCGGGCUGGUAAGCCGGCAGCAGCAACAGCACCCCUACCAAGCCCACCAGCAGCAGCAAACCCACCACCAGCAGACGCCCCAGCAAACGUCGCAGCCGGACCCCGAGCAGCCCUUGAACGGGCAACUGUGUAGCAAGCAGGCGCUGGCCAGCUUGGGGGCUUGGACGCGGGCAAUCGUGGCCUUCUAGCCGGGACGGGGAAAGAUCCGACGGGGCGGGAAGGAAGAAAUGCCUGCUGCUUGGCUCUUUUGGUGGGGGUGGGGAGGUUGGGGAGACCCUGAAACAAAGACUGAAGUUGGGGGGGGGGUGGCUUGGGGCAGUUGACAAGCCAAGCGAAUGUUUUGGGUUUUUUUCUAAAUUGUACCAUAGAAUUUACUUCGAAGAUUCUUGCGCCUUUAUUUUUCCAGAGAUGAUGAAGAAAUAGUACCUAUUUAAACAAAAAGCCCCCAAAACAACAAGAGUUCUUUUGUGUCUACCCCCACCCCACCCCCUGGAUGGUGUUGAGUUGUUUCUUUUUUCGUUAACUCUUUCAGGCUUUAUUGUAUUUCAUUUUUAUUUGCCCCCCAAAAACAUUGGUGGGGAGGGGAGGAAUGCAGGAGUUGAAAAGAUGGAUAAGAAGAAUAAGCUGCGUGAGAGAGAAAAGAGUUUACUCCCGAGGUUAAAGUGCUUUAGGGAAAAGGUAGUUCUGGCCAUUGAGUAAGAAUCUCCAAAAUUGGGGGAUAACUUGAAUACCUGAAGCAACUCCUAUCUCCCUCCCACAAGGAGUGUUGUAGAACUUGACACGUUGCCUUUUUCAAUUGAGCCCAGAACAGUCUGCAAAACUAUGGGCUGAGUGGGGGGCUUUUAUGCAUUAUUAUUAUUAAUUAUUAUUAUUAUUUAAAAAACAUUUAAACCAGAAAACUGGCUGUGUUUCUUUAGCAAUCUAAACCUUCCAAAAUGCAUUUUAAAAGGGGUGGGUUUCUAUAGCUUUUCUUCUUCCCCUUCCUGUCCUCCAAAACAGACACAUUUGUAUGGGGCUGGGCUGUUUCCCUUCAUAGUCACUUGAGUUCUUAUAAGGGGAAGGUGGGGUGGUCCUUCCUAGUUCCUGCUAAGGGUUCAUAAGAGUUUUUGGAUAGUGGAAC